UUUCCUGAAUCAACAGUGAAAGUGGCCACUGAAAUAUAUCGUGUAGAUCAAGGCGAGUACAUGCAUCCGCCGGCAUGGCCAAUGCCUUCUGAAGAAGCAGUGGAAGCGGCGAUUGCGAGAGAGGAAGAAAUGUCGAGUAGAAAAGAAAAGUUUGUUGAUAAAAUUAAUUUUAUGGUGUAA